AUGGAGUUCGAGAAGCGGAAGGCGGCGGUCAUGGCGACGCUAGCGGCGCAGGCGCCGGACAAAUCGCCGAAGGGGGCGGUGGACGCGCCCAUCGUCCCCGUCCUCGACGCCCUCAACCGCCACCACUCAUACUUCACUACAAGCUCUUGCUCCGGCCGCAUCUCCAUCCUCGCCCACGGCCGUCGCCCGGCCCCCGACGCCGGAGCCGUUGAAGGCGACGGAAAUAAGACUGCGUCUAAGAAGAAGGCCGCCGGCGGCAGUUGGCUCUUCGUCAGCCACGACCCUGCCGACCCGGCCGCCGUCGUCGACCUUCUCUUCGGCAGCCCUGAGAAGUCCGUAGAGGGGGAUCUGGUGUUCCGUUUUGAGCCUCUAAUCAUCGCGGUCGAGUGCCGGGAUGUCGCUGCGGCGCAGGUGCUUGUUUCCACCGCGAUUUCUUGUGGGUUUAGAGAGUCGGGCAUAACAAACACUCAAAAGCGUAUUAUGGUUGCUAUAAGAUGUUCUAUUCGUUUGGAGGUGCCACUGGGACAAAUGGAUCAUAUUCUGGUGACAGCACAGUAUGUCCAUUACCUUGUUACUAUUGCUAAUGAUAAGAUGGAAAUAAAUAGAAAAAGAACAGAAAGCUUUCUCCACGUUUUGCAAUGCAAGGGCCUCUCAGGAUCAUCAAAGGAAAUUAUCGAUUGUAGCCAAGAGGAUUGCAAUCAGAUGGUUGGCAAAGGGAAUUCAUUAGAUAUUGAAGCCAAGACAAAUGUCUCUCGGGCUACUACAACACUAAAUAGGAAUAAAGCUGUAACACCUGGUGAGGAUAUUGGAGGGGGAAGCAGAUUCAAGUCUGCUGGGCAUUUGGAAGAGAAAGGCAAUGAUGCUACUCCUAAGGAAUUGUUAGAAGAAUCAGUCCAUUAUCAUGAAGUGGAAACUGGAUACUCUGAAAUGGCUACUAGCACCGAUUAUACUUUAGGUAAACUAACAGAUGCAUACUUGUUCAAAGCACACCACUGUUUCUGCUAUAGAUUAAGUUACAAUUUGUCAACAGAGAUAUCAGGAACUUCCAGGAGCUCUCUUUCAGUUGUCAUGUUAAAGAUUGUUGGUGAACCAAUCGAAAAGCUCUCCCUAUGGGGUCAGUCAGCUUGUGCUUUAAAUAUCAAAGGAAAGGAACAGGUAAUUGUCUUUGGUGGUUUCGGAGGUUUGGGACGUCAUGCACGAAGUAAUUAUUCACUUUUGCUGGAUCCUCAAUCUGGACUGUUGAGAAAAAUUGAAGUUGCAAGUUCACCACCUCCACGUAUGGGUCAUACGUCUUCACUUGUGGGGAGCAGUAUUUUUGUUAUCGGAGGAAGGGCUGGUCCCUUGGAGAUUCUUAAUGAUGUGUGGGUUCUUGAAACUACUGAAAAUCGAUGGUCUUUACUAGAUUGUAGUGGCCAAGUCUUUAAUCCAAGGCACCGCCAUGCUGCUGUGACUAUGGACUCAAAAAUAUAUGUCUUUGGUGGCCUUAAUAAUGAAGUGAUCUACUCCUGCAUGAAUGUUCUAGACACUCAAACCAUGAAGUGGAGUGAGGUUAACAUCUCUGGAGAAUGGCCUUGUGCUCGUCAUUCACAUUCUAUGGUUGCAAUUGGCUCUCAGUUGUUCAUGUUUGGGGGUUAUGAUGGUGAGAAGGCACUAGGUGAUCUCUACAGUUUUGAUGGCAAAACUUUACGGUGGAAAAGGGAAAAGACAACAGGAAGAGCUCCUUUUCCUAGAUUUUCACAUUCAAUGUUUGUGUACAAAACUUAUCUUGGCAUUAUAGGCGGCUGUCCUGUGAGGCAACACUAUCAAGAGUUGAGUUUGCUGAACCUGACUUGUCAUGUUUGGGUGCAUGUGACCAUUGACUCUUUUGGUAGAGAACUUUGGGUUCGAAGCUCCACCUGUGUAGUCGAUGAUGAACUUGUUAUUAUUGGUGGUGGAGCAUCAUGCUAUGCAUUUGGGACAAAGUUUAACCAGCCAAUGAAAAUAAACUUACAAUUGUUAGAAUCUACUGGUUACCUCUGUCCUGAAACAGAAUAUCAGUCGGUUAUACAAUAUAACAAGACAAACAUGCUCGGGAGUUCACUCUGCAACAAUUAUCCACACGGGGCCUCUUGUGAUUCUGAACCAAACAAAUUGGUUGAUAGGUCUUGUAAUGGAAAUGGGCAUGACACUAAAGAGUAUGUUCUACAAAUCAAGAAAAAUUGUGCUAAAUUUGCCAAGGAUGUAAUCAAGAAGUUUGGAUAUCUGGAUCUCUCAAGAAAUGUUCAACCAAGUCCAGAUGGCUUCUAUAUUUGUUUACCAAUCACUCGGGAAUUUUAUGGUUUAGUACAGGAAAAGCAACUGACUCAACUAAAUGACACUAAUGACUAUUCUGAUAACUUCCAUGCAUAUCUGAAGGACCAUUCUGUAAAUGAGGUCUCUCUGUCAACAGCAUUGAGCAUCUUGUUAUCAUGUGGAGGUUCUUUACUAAUAGACAAUGUAGCCUGCAGCAAGAAGUUUCACAAAUCUCCACAAAAGACACUGAGAGAAUCUGUGUGCUCUUUGUUAACUGAAAAAGGGAUGCCUUUACAACUGUUGGAGCAGAUACCUGCAAGGUGGGAGCAUCUAGGGGACAUUAUUGUUCUUCCAAAAACUGCUUUUAUGGAUCCUAGAUGGGAUUCUGUUGGAGAAGAACUUUGGCCUAUUGUUGCUAAAUCUCUUGGUGCCCAGCGGUUAGCACGUCAAGGUCGAAUUUUGCCGACUGGGACAAGGGACAGCACAUUAGAAAUUCUUCUGGGAGAGAAUGGCCGGGUGACACAUCAUGAAAAUGGAAUCAUCUACUCCUUUGAUGCAACAAAAUGCAUGUUUUCUUCAGGGAACCUCUCUGAAAAGCGUCGCAUUGCUCAAUUGGAUUGUGCAGAUGAAAUUAUUGUGGAUUUGUUUGCUGGAAUUGGAUAUUUUGUUCUUCCAUUUCUUGUUAAAGCUAGGGCAAAGCUGGCUUAUGCAUGCGAGUGGAAUCCUCAUGCCAUAGAGGCUCUUCAGCAAAAUGUUCAUAUCAAUUCUGUGGCCGACCGAUGCAUCAUACUUGAGGGAGAUAAUCGCAUUACAGCUCCUAGAGGGGUUGCUAAUCGUGUCUGCCUUGGUCUCCUACCUUCAAGUGAGUGCAGCUGGAAUGUUGCUGUAAGGGCUUUAAGGGCUGAAGGUGGCAUCCUUCAUGUGCAUGGAAAUGUCAAUGACUCCGAAGAGUCCUCAUGGUUGGAACAUGUCAUAAAAUCCAUAAGCAACAUCGCCUGUUCUGAAGGUUUACUUUGGGAUGUCUCAAUACACCACCUGGAGCGAGUAAAGUGGUAUGGGCCUCACAUACGGCAUCUUGUUGCCGACAUAAGAUGCAAACAAUUGUAGAUUAGAUGUGCGGAAACAAAUUUCAAAUUUUGGAAGUGAAGCAGAUGUAGUGAGUGUAUUACAACAUCAGAGUUGCCCGGUACUGUACUGAACAAUCUUUUGUAUGAUGUUGUAUUGAAUUAUAUUCAAUCUUGUUUGCGUCCA